AUGACGCGCCGCGUCGCGCGCGCUGCGCUGGCCUGCGCCGCGGUCGGCGCUCGGGCGCAAUUCUGCGAGGUGACGAUCCAGGUCGACGGCGCGGGCGUAGGCCUCGCCUUCGCGGACGAUGCGGAGCUCGACGCCGCCGUGCGCGGGUUCGUGGCCCGCUUCGCGCUGCCCCUCGACCAAAUGGGCUGCGCCGACGACGGUUGCGCCGUCGAGUACAUCAAGGCGCACGCGCGCCUGAACGCCGCCUGCGACGCCGCGCCCUACGGCGACGCCGCGGCGUCCGACGUGGACGCCGCGUCUCCUGACGACGCUGCGCCUCUGGACGACGACAACGCCGCGCGGUCCGAGCCCGGCGCCGCGGCUCUGGACGACGACGAUGCCGCGCGGUCCGAGCCCGACGCUGCGCGUCUGGACGACGACAACGCCGCGCGGUCCGAGCCCGGCGCCGCGGCUCUGGACGACGACGAUGCCGCGCGGUCCGAGCCCGACGCCGCGGCUCUGGACGACGACGAUGCCGCGCGGUCCGAGCCCGACGCCGCGGCGGACGCCGGUGAGCGCGAGGCCUCGGCCGAGGCCGCGCCGGCCGGAGCGGCGGCGCUCCUCCCGUCGACGCUCGAGGACUACGUGACCCUGUGGAUGGUCGCGUGGUCCGCGUGCUUCGCCGUCGCCGCGGUGGUCGCGGCGCUCGAUCGCGCGCUCGACCUCCGCGUCGAAGACCGGUGCCCGCGCUUCCGGCGGGCCUUCUCGCUGCCGCGCGGCGCGCGGCGCUGGCUCCUCGCGACGGGCGGUUUUGCGGCGUUGCUGGACGCGCGCGGGAACCUGCUGCCGAACCUGCACGACGCGCUCCACGGCCCCGGGGGGCUCUGCCGCGUCGGCGCCGUGGGCCACGCGUCGCUCCACGACCUCAAGGUCGAGGGCGCGUCCUACGCCCUCUACGCGCUCGAGGCGGCGCUCGGCGCGGCGCAGCUCUUCGCGGCGUCGAUGGAUGCGCCGGCGAGCCCGCUCCGGGAGACCCUGCUCUGGGUGUUGCUGCAUUCGUCGGAGCGCGCGUGCUCCGAGUCGCACGGCCUGGGCAAGCAGUGGGCGUACGCGGCGCUCGUCCAGCUCUGGGUCGCCCUCACGCCCGACGACCCGGGGCCGAGCGCGGGCGCCGUCGGCGUCCUCUUUCAGAUCUGGGCCACGCACGCCUUCUCGGGCGCCGAGAAGGCCGGUCUCGGGCGCGAGGCGUGGGUGCGGACGGGCGGCGCGCUGCGCGCAGCGCUGUCGAUGCCCGUCUAUGCGGCGCCGCUCGGCGCCCGCGCCGCGCGCGCGAUGCCCCCGAGGCUUGGGGGGUUUUUGACGCGCGGCGCCGUCCUGUUCGAGCUCGGUUUGGGACCGCUGCUCCUGGUGCGGCGCCGCGCGGUCGGGGCGGCGCUGGUUCUCUUCCACGGCGUCAACCUGUGGACGCUCGCGAUCUUCGAGUUCCCCCUCGUCGCCCUGGGCGCGAGCGCGCCGCUCCUGCUCGCACCGCCGCCGCCGCCGCGAGGAGAAAAUGGACGCCGCGGCGGCCGCGUCCAAGCCUCGCUGGCCGCGCUCCUGGUCUACGCGAACGCGCGCGUCCUCUGCGCGUCGUGCAACGCGACGCUGAAGUCGAGGUAUGCGGGCGCCCUGGAGCUUCCGGCGUCCGCGCGGCGCUUCCUCGGGUUGCUGGCCAUCGACCAGAACUGGCCCCUCUUCGCCCAGGUCUGGCAGCCCUGCACGUUCCGGGUCCACACGACGCUGGCGUCGGGCGACCAUGCGAGCGCCUACGACUGGCUCGCGGGCGGCGACGUUGCGAUGUCCGCGGCCGGCGAGUCGCUUCUCGAAUUCGCGAACCGCGACUUUGGCGCCAGGCCCCACUCGGUCUGGGGCGGCAUCUGGGGCUGGAGCGCGAUGGGGAGCGCCCAUCUGCACGGCCUGCUGCAAGGCCACCUGCGCACGGACACGCGCGUCCAGCGCCGAGUCUGCGACUCGCUCCUGGCCGCGCCGCCGCGCGAUGACGCCGAGGUCCGGCCCGACGGCGAGAUCCGCGCGACGUUCCAGUUCACAUGGCGCGGGGCCCAGCGGUCGUUCACCGUCGCCGUGCCCGGCGGGGGCACGCUCUGGUCCGCGCGCGACGCGUCGCGGGACGUCGCCGCCGUCUGCGACGACGCGGGUGUGCCCGCGGUAGGGUUAGGGUUAGGGUUAGGUUUAGGGUUAGGGUUAGGGUUAGGGUUAGGUUUAGGGUUAGGGUUAGGGUUAGGGUUAGGGUUAGGGUUAGGGUUAGGGUUAGGGUUAGGGUUAGGGUUAGGGUUAGGGUUAGGGUUAGGGUUAGGGUUAGGGUUAGGGUUAGGGUUAGGGUUAGGGUUAGGGUUAGGGUUAGGGUUAGGGUUAGGGUUAGGGUUAGGGUUAGGGUUAGGGUUAGGGUUAGGGUUAGGGUUAGGGUUAGGGUUAGGGUUAGGGUUAGGGUUAGGGUUAGGGUUAGGGUUAGGGUUAGGGUUAGGGUUAGGGUUAGGGUUAGGGUUAGGGUUAGGGUUAGGGUUAGGGUUAGGGUUAGGGUUAGGGUUAGGGUUAGGGUUAGGGUUAGGGUUAGGGUUAGG